AGUUGAUUAACAUGUGGCAAGCGUUAUCACUCGUAAGACCCGUCUUAUCAAUACGUACUAGAUAGCGAAAUGUCCAUCGCGAGACAUUUAACUAACGGACCAACAUUGCUUGAUUAUUUGUAUAUAACAAAAUAUGUUUCUCUAAAACUGUGUGUGCGGUGUGUUUUGAUUUAUUAAAAAUAAAAAAAAUAAAAAUAAACAUAAUAAAUGAGAUGUGAUAUUAGCGGGGAAAUUUAAUGACUUAGCCACAAGACAAAUUGUUAAACUGCCAUAUAGUGUGAAGUGUAAAGUUUUAAUAUUUAUGUUUUGAUUUUGUAAAACUUGUUAAAAUAAUCUGUUGAAAGAGACAUGUUGUCGUUCGGUAAAAUGGUGCAUCGCACGUGUUUCUUUGUUAGUCGGACUGUUUACAUGACAUGCUGCUGCGGCUGCUGUUCAGCCCUCCGGCCGCGGUACAAGCGUCUCGUGGAUAACAUAUUCCCAGCGUCGCCGCAAGAUGGCCUCGUCAAGUCCAAUAUGGAGAAGCUCACCUUCUACUCGCUGUCCAGCCCGGAGAAACUCGACCGCAUCGGAGAAUAUUUGUUCCAGAAAGCGUCUAGAGAUAUAUACAGACGGAGACAUGGGUUCGUGAUAAUAGCCAUGGAGGCGAUGGACCAAUUGCUGCUAGCAUGCCACUCGCAGACCUUGAACCUGUUCGUGGAGUCGUUCCUCAAGAUGGUACAAAAACUGCUAGAGUCCACCGACCCCCAGCUCCAGAUAUUGGCGACGCAGAGCUUCGUUCGUUUCGCGAACAUAGAGGAGGACACGCCGUCGUACCACCGCCGCUAUGACUUCUUCGUGUCCAAGUUCUCCGCGAUGUGCCACAGCAACCACGGCGAUACCAGCACCAGGGACAAAAUCCGCCUCGCCGGCAUACAGGGCUUGCAGGGUGUGAUAAGGAAGACGGUGUCAGACGACCUCGUGGAGAAUAUAUGGGAAGCACAGCACAUGGACAAGAUUGUGCCAUCUUUGCUUUAUAAUAUGCAGAGUGCGGAGAAGUACGAGACGGUGUCGUGCAUGGAGACGGAGGCCCGCGACGGCGCGGAGGAGGAGCCGCCGCGGCUCGCCGAGUGCUGCCUGCGCGAGCUGGUCGGCCGCGCCUCCUUCGGACACAUCCGCAGCGUGCUGCGCCCCGUGCUCACGCACUUCGAUCGACACGAGCUGUGGGUACCGAACGACUUCGCUGUUCACACCUUCAAGAUCAUCAUGUUCUCAAUUCAGGCGCAGUACUCGUACAGCGUGGUGGAGGCGCUGAUGCAGCACGUGGAGGCGGCGGGCGCGGGGGGCGCGGGUGAGCCGCGUGGCCGCGCCCGCGUUCGCGCCGCCUGCGCCGCCGUGCUCAGCCACAUCGUCGCCAUCGCCGCCGCCGACAGCGUCGGUCCAUCCGUGUUAGAGAUCAUCAACAACCUGCUUACAAAUCUAAGAGCGUCGGUGGCCAGAGAUUCAGAGAAAGAAACCGACGAGAAACUGUACCAGGAAGCGUUGAUUAAUGCCCUGGGCGAGUUCUCGGACCACUUGCCCGACUUCCAGAAGAUCGACAUUAUGAUGUUCAUAGUGAACAAAGUGCCGAGCACGCAGCGCGGCGCUAAGGGCACCAAGGCGGACGCCAUGCUGCAGACCAUACUGCUGAAGUCCCUGCUUAAGGUGGGCACGACGUACAAGACGACGGAGCUGAGUAAGGCGUUCCCGGCCGCGUUCCUGGAGGCGCUGCUGCGGCUGGCGGCCGCCGCCGCGCCGCCCAGCCGUGCCCUGCUGCAGCGCCUGCUGCACACGCUGCUGGACCGCCGCCACCACGCCGGCCUGCUGCGGGCGCCCACCGUGGACUACGCGGAGCUUGGCCUCACGGUAGAGAAGUGUUCGCGACAAGACUUAAUAUUCAUAAGCAAACAUGGCUACGCCAUAUUCAGCUCGCUGUACGAAGGACUGCAGCUGGAGUCGAACACGUUAGAAAAUAUCGAAACUAUAUACACGACCCUCGCGCUGCUGUGUAUCGAGCUCGCAUCCGAGGAGACUAUAUGCGACAUCAUGCAGCUAAUAUUGGCUAUCCAGCAGUCGUCGGUGUCGAACCCAGUGCUGUCGGUGGCGCAGCAGUGCCACCUGGUGGCCGUGUCGGUGGCGCUCGCCGCGCUGCUACCCCAUGUGGUGCUGCUACCUCUUGAUCGUCUGCAAGACUAUAUCGACAAGAUAAUCGAGUCGCGGCGCGAGGAGGCGCCGCACCUGCUGCCGCCGCUGCAGCCCGACUACCCGCAGCUAGGGCCCGCCGCGCUGCCCAACAAGCUGCCCUACCUCAUGAUCGACCAGAUGGCAGUGUGCGAGUGCCUGAAGGCGUGCGGCGUGGAUGCGAGUCGGCUGCAGUCGCCGUCGCCGUACGCCGCCGGCGCCGCGCUGGCGCUCGCGCACAGGCACAGCUGGGUGGAAGCCGGCGCGGCGCAGGGCCGCGACAGCCUGGCCGACAUCGGCGCGCCGCCCGGCGCCGGCCUCGAGCUCGACAGCGCGCACAGCUCGCCCGGCGUGCAGCGGCACGCGGGCAGCACGCAGGCUGCGGGCGUGAGCCUGGAGGCGCUGCGGCGCGCGGCGGGCGGCCCGUCGGACGCCGAGCGCCGCGAGCUGGAGCGCCGCCGCGCCACGCUCAACAACGCCUUCCGCACCGCGCCCUUCCACCACCUCCUCACGCUCACGCAGCCCAAGUACGAGAUACAGGAGAAGCUGGAGGAGAUCUUCAGCAGCAUCUCGGAGGAGCCGCUGCUGCCGGCGUCGGGCGCGUGCUCGCCGGCCGGCAACACCAAGUCGUACCAGCAGAGCGUCCCGCCCUACACCAAGUACUUCCCCGAGCUGUUCCUCUACUAGAUGAACGCAAGAGAGAAAUGAUCUUUGGAGGGGAUAGGUUAUAUAUUUGUUAUUAAUUUUACAUUAUUAUAUACUUAACGCUUCCAUAUAAGUAUUAAUGCUGCUUGAUUAUCCACACAUAACCACUGUAGAUGUUCUGC